GAGAGAGCCCUGUUCUUCUGUUGUGGAUUGGCAUGUUUGCUCACACCCACAUUCGGUUCGUUCUUGCAUUUGAGCUGUGUCUGUUCAAGUUCAGAUUUUGAAGCGCACUCGGUUUGCUGUGUUGCUCUUCUAGUUCUUGGAUUCUCUUUUUCUCUUGUCUCUUUAUCAACUUUGUUGUCGUUCCAUUAGAAGCUGAAGCUGAAGGAACAUCUCCCUUAAUCUGCCAGCAAUCUCAGAGAAUGAGGUAGGAGAUUCUUAUACAGCAGAAGGGGACGCAAGGGAAGAUACUUCGCGAAGAGGGGGUUUCUUGCAAAUGGUUUCAAGAGAACAAAGUAGCGAUGGCACGGACAAGACAAAUAGCGUAUGGGUUUUGGAUCACGCGAUUGAUAAUCCAAUGGAUCAGGAGGCCGGAAAGCUGCGAAACACACAGAGAGAGAAGAAAAUUUCCACAUUACUGCUGCUACGGCUUGCCUUCCAGAGCCUCGGUGUGGUCUUUGGAGAUUUGGGCACAUCUCCCUUGUACGUUUUCUACAAUACCUUCCCUAAUGGCGUUAAUGAUCCAGAGGACGUUAUCGGAGCUUUAUCAGUGAUUAUAUAUUCCCUAACGCUCAUACCGCUCAUUAAGUACAUUUUCAUCGUUUCAAGAGCCAAUGACAGUGGCCAAGGUGGAACAUUUGCUCUUUAUUCCUUACUUUGCCGUCAUGCAAAUAUCAAAACUAUUCCCAACCAAGAUCGGACCGACGAGGAGCUAACGACUUACAGUCGCUCUAUAUUCGUUGAACAUUCAUUUGCUGCGAAGACAAAGAGAUGGUUGGAGGGGCGACGGUAUCGAAAGAGCAUCCUCCUCAUUCUAGUCAUUAUUGGAUCUUGCAUGGUAAUUGGAGAUGGGAUUCUCACUCCAGCUAUAUCGGUUCUCUCGGCUGCCGGUGGGAUUAAGUUAGAUCAGCCCAAGAUGAGUGAUGAGGUCGUUGUGCUUGUUUCUGUCAUAAUUUUGGUUGGUUUAUUCAGCAUACAACACUAUGGUACAGACAGAAUCGCUUGGCUUUGUGCUCCAGUCGUGUUUCUUUGGUUUGUUCUGAUUGGCGGCAUUGGCAUCAUUAACAUUUGGAAGUACGAUACCCAUGUUCUAAAAGCCUUUUCACCUGUUUACAUCUAUCUCUAUUUCAAGAAAGGAGGGAUCAACGGCUGGACAUCUCUUGGAGGUACAAUGCUCAGCAUAACAGGAACGGAGGCUGUUUUUGCCGAUCUGUCUCACUUUCCAGUGUCAUCCAUACAGAUCGCUUUUACUGUGGUCGUGUUUCCUGCCCUUCUUUUAGCUUAUUGUGGACAAGCGGCGUUUCUCAUUAGAAACCCCGAUCACGUGGUCGAUUUAUUCUACCGCUCGAUUCCAGAGAGCAUAUACUGGCCGGUCUUCCUCGUUGCAACAGCAGCCGCCAUCGUUGCAAGUCAGGCCACAAUAUCUGCCACAUUUUCAUUAAUCAAGCAGGCCCUUGCACUCGGCUGUUUUCCAAGAGUCAAAGUUGUUCAUACGUCCAAGAAGUUCCUUCAGCAGAUAUAUAUCCCCGACAUCAAUUGGGUCCUCAUGAUUCUCUGCGUAGCUGUCACGGCGGGAUUUAAAAAUCAAACCCAAAUUGGAAAUGCUUCUGGUACAGCUGUGGCGGUAGUCAUGCUCGUGACGACAUUCCUCAUGAUACUAAUCAUGAUACUUGUGUGGCGGUGCCACUGGAUUCUGGUGGUCAUCUUCACCGUGCUGUCGCUGAUCGUGGAAGGCACAUACUUCACUGCCGUGCUGUUCAAAGUGAAUCAAGGCGGGUGGGUCCCACUCGCGAUUGCGGGGGCCUUCUUUAUCAUCAUGUAUGCCUGGCAUUAUGGUUCGGUCAAGCGCUACGAGUUCGAAAUGCACAGUAAAGUCUCGAUGGCGUACAUUCUUGGAUUAGGCCCCAGUUUGGGUCUUGUCCGUGUCCCGGGCAUAGGGCUUGUGUACACCGAGCUAGCCAGAGGGGUGCCUCCUAUCUUCUCUCACUUCAUCACCAAUUUGCCGGCAAUUCAUUCUGUAGUCAUUUUCGUCUGUGUGAAGUACCUUCCUGUAUAUACAGUCCCUGUAGAAGAAAGAUUCCUCAUAAGACGCAUCGGGCCGAAGAACUUCCACAUGUUUCGAUGCGUUGCAAGAUACGGCUACAAAGACCUUCACAAGAAGGACGACGACUUCGAGGAGAAGCUCUUUGAAAGCCUCCACAUGUUUGUCCGGGUUGAGUAUUUAAUGGAAGAGUGUUCCGAAUCGGAGAUCAGCUUUUGUGGUCAGCAAACUCAACAGUCAAACUCCGAAGAGUGCCCCCCAAACGACGACGACAACAAUAGCCUAACACUCUCCUCCAUCGUGGAUCUAACGAUCUCGUCGGUGGGGUCUAUCGUGCCGGUUGAAUCUCCGGUGCAUCUCAAUGCGCGGGGCUCCGCAACUUCUAAUCGGGGGAACCAUUGCCAGAAUGAGUUGAACGAGAUAGAAUUCUUGAGUUGCUGUAGGGCAGCCGGCAUCGUGCACAUCCUGGGGAACACGGUUGUCAAGGCUCAGCGGGGCUCGAACCUUUUUAAGCUGAUAACCAUAAAUUACGUGUAUGCAUUGCUUAGGAAGAUGUGCCGAGAGAACAGUGCGAUAUUCAAUGUCCCUCAUGAGAGUCUUUUGAAUGUUGGCCAGGUAUUCUAUGUAUAAUCUGUUUCUCAUCGUUCCUUUGUGUGCUGAGUGAAUCGUUCUAGUUGAAAUGCAUCAAGUCUGCAUGAUUAGUGAUACUA